AUGGUCUACCUUACCAGCGACCGGCUCGACUCGCUCUCGACCGCCUGCUACACCGUACCAUGGAAGCCUCCGCGCAAGAGGGCAAGAAAGGAUGCUGCGAAGGCCGCCGACAGCUCUCCGUUCCCCGUGCUCGAGGAGCACGAGCGUGGCCCGAUCGCCUCUAGGCUGAGAUAUCAUGGCUACCUCCGAUCAAUCCGUUCGCUGGAUUGGCUCUUUGAGCGAUGCAUCGAGAAGAUCUAUGCGCCUCUCUUCUCCGACCUCGAGGCCUUCCUCGUCCACGGAAGCAACGCAGAGGCCGGUCGGGACGGAGCGGCAGGCGACGACCUGUACAUCCCUGGCUUCGAUGGCUGUACAGAAGCUGAGGCCGGUCCUUCUGCGCUCCGAACGGCCUUUUUGAUAUCUGCAUCGACGCCGAGCUUCUCGUCUCUGUCCCGCCGGCUGGUGUCGCACAUCUCAACGUUUGCCGCGUCCGACCAGGCAUCCACGCCCAUCAUCACAGUCACUCUGGAUCAGAGCGAAUGUCUGUCGCUCGGAACGGCGAUCCGGCUUCUGGUGGCUCGGUUCAUCACGCAGGGGGUGUCGAUCUGUGAAGCGCAGGGGCAGACGCUUGCCGUCGAGGGAUCGGCCGGCGAAGAGCAGCUGGCGCUGAUCGAGGCUGUCGCGGCAAGCGGAAGAUCCGAUGCUGAUCUACGGAUCCUCAAGACGUGGUACAUGAAGCGCUUCGGCACGCAGCCGGCCGACCAGAUGGGAGCGAUGCGGCGGCCCAAUCUGGUCCUGCAUCUACCCUCGAUCGAAGCGGUUGAGCCGGCGGUGCUCUCCGACCUGCUGCUAUCGCUCCAGGCCUUUUCGACGGACCUAGACGGGAGCCUGGCGGACCCAUCUGCCACGGGCUCGACGCUGGUCCUGAUCCUGGGCAUCAGCUCCCCCACUGGCGCUGCCCCGAGCGCGGGCCGCCGAGGCGUGUCGGUCGCCGCCGCGCCGGCGCCUUGGACCACCUACAUCCCGAGGGCGACGCUGCAGGGUAUGGACUUUUCCCGCUUCGCCCUGCCAAACAAGGAAGGCGUGUGGAUGCAACUGGUCAACGGCUUCCUCACCUCCCGCCACCUCCCCGUCUCCAUCGGCCGCAAGACGUUUGAGUACAUCCGACAGUCGUACUGGGAAAAGGACGCCGACCUCGACUCGGUUCUCGAUGCGGUUCGAUUCGCCACGUUCGACCACUUCACCAGCAACCCACUGUCGGCCUUCGCCUCCCUCUCCGUUGGUGGCGAAGCACUGCUGAACCCCGACUGCUGGACGACGGAGCUCGUCGCCAGGCUUCGGCUGGCCCUCCUCGAAGCUGACGACGCCGAGGUCGUGUGGCUGGCCAGGGCAGGCGCUCAGGGUGAGCUCGGGAUCGGUCCCAAGUCCAAGGUUCGGCGGAUGCUUUCCGACGAUGCGUUUGUGCUGCAGCAGGUCGCCGAUCUCAAGAUGAUCCGCGACGUCCUGGCGUUCCGACAGGAAGUCAUGAUCAAGUUCCUGGCCCACGGCUUUCAGACUCUCCACAAGCUCGACAGCGCUGGCUCGGCGCUCCGGGCUGCUGCGGCAUCCGACGCCUUCCUGCAACAGCGCGAGGCCGAGAUGACGUCCUCAAUGUUGACGCUGGUCGUCUCGCAGUGCCUGCAGGCGUCUUCGGGCGCCGUGGACAGCGACAACCGACCCCUGCCCAACUCGCUGUCGCUGUCGCAUGGACUGGGCAAACUGUGCACCGCUGCCAGGCGACUCCAGAUCCGCGAGUUCGAGACAUUCCUCGACGACUUUGUGCUCUUCACCGAGGUCGAGGUGGCAGCACUCGAAGCGAGCUACGAAGCCGGGCCGUCAGUCCAGAUCGAGUCCAGCCAAGCCUCUGUUGAGGCUUCUUUCCACUCCCUGGCGCUCGAAGAGAUGCAGGACUUUCUCGCUUCGCUGCGCACCUUCCAGCAGAAUCUGGCGCAGCUGAUCCUCGACGCCGGCGGGGACCUCAUUGGCCGGAGCUUCGAUCAGCUGGGAAACCAGGACUCGGCGAUCCGAGGUGCGACCGGCCUCGACGCUGCCACUCUUGAUUCCGACGAAGCUCUCGAACGGGAGAAGAGGAACCAGGAUCGGAUUCUGCGCGUGCAGAAGCGCCUCGAGGCCGAGGAAAAGGUCGUCAGCCUCAAACGCCAAGUCACUGACUGGAUAGCGAGCCAGGUCCAGACCUUCCUCAACUGGGAUGCGCUCACCGACGGCUGUGCCACCACCGAGGGCGUUGUGGCGCUGAUCAAAGACACUUGGUGGCACGACUCAUUCGACUCCGCCGCGGCCAUGCUCGACGCCUGCCCCAGAGCCGGCCUCUUGCAGCCCCUUGGCGAUCCUCGUGCCUUCCUCGAGGUCCUCGGUAGCCUCGACGACCCAAUGUCCGACGCAGCAUCUGGCACGCAGCAGGCUGAAGACGCUCUGCCCGACAUCUGCCUGGCCUACCAGCUGUACCGCGACUGCGGCAAGAACGUCAGCCUCGCCGAUUGGUUCGAGGCAUUCCAACAAAGCGUCGAUCCGUCGGACGCCUCGCAGGCAACUCGACCGCGCGGAGCAGGAGACCAGAGCAACGGAAGCAUCAGCGCCAGACCGUCUACACGCAGUAUGGACGGUGGGCAGCGUGGGACGGGCGAGGAUGAGGGCAAGGAGGAUGAGGACGACGAUGAUGGCGACGACCACGAUGAUGACGACGACGACGACGAGGGGCUCGACGACGAUCUCUUGGCGGCGACGCCGUCCGGACGCCGGAGCAAGCGGCAGGCAGCGCUGGGCCGCUAUCCCAGCAAACGAUCCUAUGCUGAGGUUGAUGGUGAAGAUUCGGGCAGCAAUGGCUCCGAGGACGACGACGAUUCCGACGUGCUCGACACUCCGAGCAAGCGGAGGGGUGCGCGUGCGCAGCAUACGCCGCGGGCAGCGCUCUCGCGAACACCGCUGCGGCCGGGGCUGCUGCGGCUCAACGGUGGCGGUUCGUCGCGACCCGAUGCCUCGAUGGCGGACGUCCAGGCCCGCUUUGCGCUGGCGGUCAACGAGCUUGCACGCAUGGGCCUGUUGCGAGGCACCAGGAGGAAGAACGAGCAUGUGACCAAGACAGUCUGGGACUUGAUCCCCGAGUAG